GGGGGCGGGCCCAGCGCUAGGCCCGGCGCGGCGGGGGGCGGCGGGCGCUGCGCACAGCCCGGCUCCCCUCGGCGGCGGGCGCAAGGCCGCAGCGAUGCCCGGCCCGGCAGCGUCGGGGGCGGCGGCGGGGCCCGGCCCCGACCCGGAGGAAAGCUACGACUUCCUCUUCAAGCUGGUGCUCAUCGGGGACGCCAGCGUGGGCAAGACCUGCCUCGUUCAGCGCUUCAAAACAGGGGCCUUCGCCGAGCGCCAGGGCAGCACCAUCGGCGUGGACUUCACCAUGAAGAGCCUGGAGAUCCAGGGCAAGCGGGUGAAGCUGCAGAUCUGGGACACGGCUGGCCAGGAGAGGUUCCGAACCAUCACGCAGAGUUAUUACCGCAGUGCAAAUGGAGCGAUCCUGGCGUAUGAUAUCAGCAAGAGGGGCUCUUUCCUGUCCAUUCCUCGCUGGAUCGAGGAUGUCAGAAAGUAUGCCGGUUCCAACAUUGUACAAAUACUGAUUGGAAACAAGUCUGACCUAAGUGACCUUCGAGAGGUUCAGCUGGAGGAAGCUCAGAGUCUGGCUGAACACUACGAUAAUAUCAUCUGUGCCAUAGAGACCUCUGCGAAAGACUCCAGCAACGUGGAGGAGGCUUUUGUGAAGAUGGCUACAGAGCUCAUGAUGAGGCAUGGAGGCCCCAUGUUCAGUGAGAAGAAUACUGACAGCAUCAAGCUUGACAGCAAAGACGUUGUAGAAAGCUGGGGAUGUGGUUGCUGAUCCAACCUAGGUGAUAUCCCUAACUUUACUGGAAUUUAGAUGGUGCUUCACCCUAAUGCUGAGUAGCAUGGUAGCCAUAUUCUCCUCCUGUGAAACCAGCAGUUUUGUAGAAGUUAGACACAAUCCUGUUUGCUUUGGUGUCUUAUUUUUAAAAAGGGACUCUUGAGAGGUAGUCCUAAAAGUCAAGCCCUCUGAAAAACUCACUCAACAUUUGUCCCCACCAUUUUAUUUUGUGUAACCUUCAUACAAGUUACAAAAGCAGAGGAAAGAACUUUGAACUGGUGAUGUGGGGUGAGGAGACAGAUGGUUGGGGAAGAGACUGAUGCACGCCCAAAGUCCAGAAGCAUUUAGCAUGGAACUGUUGGCAAAGGAAGUUGCUUUUGGAAUAGGCAGUCUUGACAGUGUCUCUUUAAAUCCUCAGCACUCCACCAAUGACCAGAAAGUGAUGGUGUCUUUGAUGAAGGUGUUUCAAGUGUCAGAAUACGCAAGGAUUUGAUUACAGGACCAAAUAGCAGUCACCUGUCCUAGGGCAUAUGGAUUGCUAGUUAGUAAUGGAACAGGUGAGGAAGCCUUCUCUCAGGUUUUGUUAUAAUUUUUUUAAGUUAUCAUUUUAACAAAAAGCAAAAUCAGCCUGAGCAAUAUCACGUGACUUGCUGUCAAGCAGGAUUGGAGCAGUGUAGUUAUUUUAAAUACAGCCUUGAGGAGAGGGUAGAUGCGUUUCACUUUUUGCUGUUUGCACAGUGAUAGCUCCCUUCUCCAAGUGGGUAUCAUUCAUUUUUUUGCCCUCAGGUCUCUUAAUUUCAUUCCAUAAAACAAGACCUGCACCACUGGACGCAGGAACUGGGGAAACUUUGAACUGACUGGUAGCCAUGAUCUCCUGCCGUGUGCCUAAUGGUCAUCGACAGGGUGAAUUCUGGUCUUAUAUUUGACAUUAUGUUACCAGAGUGUUUAUUGCUUAAGUAGUAUAAGUGGAUUUGGGCUGUUUUUUAAACCAUCUCUCUAAAUACAAUCUGGGCAUAUAAUGGGAAAGAAGACUUCAGAAUAGCUGAAAACUGCAUGCAUUGCAACCUCUUGGUUGUGGAAAACCAGCAUCUUUUCUAGUGAUUCCCUCCCAACUUUGUAUUCAACUGCUUCCCUCUCCCUAUCACAAGUUACCAAUGGCUUUUCAUUUCUUGAAAACACUUAGCAGGAAAAAUCUGUCACUGUUGAUCAGAAGUCUACGUUGUUAUGGAUUUGCAAAGGCAGCAGAAGCAGGAUUAUUUUAAACUGCAGUUAAAGCAAAGGUGUUCAGACGUGACAAGGGAUUUUUGCAAUCCCGCUACUUUGAAGGAGGUUGUUUUCAGAAAGCACUCACUUAAAGUGAAGUCACUUGUUGUUUUUGAAAACCUUGAUCAAAAAGGACCUGAACUGGUUUCUUACUAGGGCUACACCAGUUUUUAGCCAUUCAACAUAUCCAGUGUCAUGAAAAUCAAAAAGAUUUAAGAAAGGGCUAGUGGAUCCUAAUUUCAAUACUAUUAAUCUUCCUACAAAAAAUAUUAAACCAUUCUCUGGUCUUUUGUUUUUUUAAACUAUGAGGUAGAUAAUUGAGGAGUUAGGGAUGCUUUGUAGCCUGUUUGGUUCUAAUUUAAGGGGUUAAUUUUCAAGUUUUAUAGUAGUAAGAGUGAAAGGGCCUUAAAUUUUUCAAUUAGUAUUGUUUUCACAAUUUGAGUAUUUUAUAUGGAAGGGCAGGUUAAGCUCCAGUACUUGGUACUAUUUUUCCAUAGUUUUCCAGGACCUUUCCAGCACUCCUACAUCCAAAGAUAACAGGUAGUACCUGUCCAGCAGUAGCUAGGCACUGAAAAUGAGAAUUGUCCAAUCUCUAGAUUUAUUAGUGAUUAGCAUCCCAAGAGUGGUAUUCCACUCUUGGGAAAAAUGAUGAAGACAGCCCGAGCUACAGCUCAAGUCCUGAUAAAUGUUUUUCCUCCUGUUUAGGUGGUCCUUAAGAUACAGAAUUCUAGCAAGCAUUUGCUUUUAUGUCAUGACAUAUUAUAGUUUACAUCUGUAGGUCACAGUCCUGCAGUUCUGCAUGCUUGAACAUGGACCCUCAGAUAAGCUCAGUGUCCCACUAUUUGCAGGAUUAGUGCCAAAUUAUUUAAGCCAUGCUGAUAAGAAUUCACACGCAUUUAAGAACAGUAUUGCUACCUCUCAGAUUGAAAUCAGUAGUUUACAUAGUAACUCAUCUUAAAACUGGAGCAAGAUGCAAAAUGAACAUAAAUCCUGCUUACAGUGCAGUCAGUGAAUGAUUGUGUUUUUACAGCAGAUGGAGAAAUGAGCGAUUAUUCAUCCAUUGCCUUAGUUCUGAGGUUUGUUUAGUAAGCAAGUAGCAUCAGACCAAGAACUAUACUUUUUCUUAAGAGAUAUGUGGUGACAAAUCUUAAGUUAGUCUUGAAGGUUGAGCCUCUGUCUGCAGGUUAGUCUGUUUCAGUCAGAAAACAUGAAAUACAGCACCAGUGAUUUGUUCACUGUGUUUUCAAAUGAAUGCACUGAUCCAGAUUGGUUUUCAUUUUGCUGUUGAAAACUAAGACUAUGGCUUUAACUCAGCUUUUUCUUCUAACUCUUGGCUCUUCUUUGUUGUAAGAAGUGUAAUACAAAUUUGCAUGCCCUACCUAACUGAACAAAAGGGAACAAAGAAACAGACUGAAGACCUGGAUUAUUUUUUCAGGUUAGUAGCAGAUACAGAUAACAGUGCUUGGGCUAUCAGUAGUAAAAAGGGAUUUCAAUUACCAAACCCUCUCUUGGUCUAUUAGUAAUAGCCCAGUACUCAAUAGGUUGACAGCUUCUUGAUCAGAAAUCAAUUAAACAGGAAAUGUAACUUAGAGUUUUUCACUCCCUUUCUGAAGGCUUUUGUGAAAUCUGUAAUUCACACACAUAGCUAUGUAAUUCAGAUAUUAGGAAGACAGUCUUGUUGGUUUAUUUCCACUAAUCCUAGUGAAACGAAAAGGCUACCUGGGUGAAGAGAGUGAGUAGCAAUAAACUCGAGAUUUACUGGUAAAACCUCAGUUUCAAAUCUUAGGUUACAAAUGUGUGCUGACGUACAUCAAGUGAAUAAUUCAGUAGUGCAGGAUCAGAGUUCACAGCAUAAACAUUUGCCAGAAACCUGUUUACUGGCAGUUGAACAUUAACAAGACUAUGGUGCAGUAAUUGCUUUUAAGCAGAUCUCCUUGGCUGACCACGUAUUUGCAUUAGUGUUUAUCAUUUAUUUUUGGCAGUACCCAGACUGUGCAAAAUAUUACAAAAACACAGAAGGGGACAUUGAUCCCUGCCUUGUACCACUUAGGAGUGGAAUGCAGAGGCAAAUACUGAAAUGAAAUCAGCACAAUGUGGUUCCCAGAAGCGUGGGCAUUGUUAUCCUUUGUAUUGGUUUUGAUGUAAGCUAAUUUUAUCUCCAGUUACCCAACCAGUCCAUCAUCAUGGAUGGAACUUGUAUUUACAUAAUUAUAAAUAUUGGUACAAUACCAAAUGUGUCAGCCUAUGAACUGCUAAUGUUUGCUUUGCAAAACAAAUUUUUUUUAAGAAUGAGAACACUUAAGAACAGAGGAGAAGUCCUAAAAAUGUUAUUAUUCUCACUGUAGUGGAAAGCAGGUCACAUAUGGGUGGGGAAAAACUACAAAACUAAAUGAAGCCCAGCUAGUACUGCAUGGUUUUCUAAGAACUUCAUGAAAAGUGGAGCUCUUGUUCGUUUUUUUCUUUGCCUUUAAGGAAGAUCAUAUUUAUUUGAAGAAUAGAGUUGGAUGAUCACGUGCAAUAUACAUGCAAUAUACAGUAGCACCCUUAAAUAACAUUAAAUCCUUUCCUUAAUAUGCCCCAGUAAAUAUUGUCCCACUAAGAUUUACACCUCUGUUAUUUAAUCUCAUAGUCCCAGCCAUCUGACUGUUUGAAUGUCUUUUGCCAUCUCAGGCCAGUCCUGAGGGAACAGGGAAGUAGCAACAUUAUUAGUUUCUCUCUGUAGGAUUGUUUUGAAUUUAUAUGUUAUUUCAUUAAUAGAAAUAGUCUAUGUUUACCCAUCCUGCCUCCAAAGCAUUUAUUAUACUAACAGACCAAUGGCAUUUGCCCUAUUGCAUUAUUUUGUGUAAACACUAUGCUGGAGGAACAUGAAGUGAGAACAAUACAUGCUUUGAAAACUGAAAAAUUAAGUGACUCUCCUUUUUUUUCAGUUUUCAAAGCAUGUAAUAUAUGCUUUGAAUAUAUACAUAUGUAUAUGAUUAGCAAUUAAUUAACAAUUAAUAAAUUAUAUAUAAUUUUAUAUAUAUAUAUAAAAAAAAUUAACAAUUAAUACAUAUGUAUAUGAAGCCUCCUGGGUUUCUUAGUUUUUACUGGCCAGGUAGCGUUAGAUUUCUUUUAACUCUGUUGAAUUGGGUUAUAAAGCUAUUGAAAACAGCAAAAAAUCUCAGAUGGAAGCAUUUAAUUGCAAUCUCCACUGCAUACUUUAGAAAAAUACCCCAAAAUAUUCAACAACUAGGUGUUCUGAUUGCCAGCAGAAGUUUGGCCCUCUGUAUCUUUUUUAUCAUUUCAUUUAAGUUUACAUGGAAAAGAGCAGGGUUACAAAAUCAAAACCAACCAACCAACCCAAACGUACAUUUACUGCUUAUGGAAUUGUUGCCAGAGGUUAGAUAAAAAUAGCCAGCAUACUCUUCUAUCCUGAUCUUAGCAGUUUUUUAAUAUGACUGAAAAAUGUUAAAAUGCACUUUAAAAAUAAUUAUCUGAAGUACAAAGUGGUUGUGAUUUUUUUCUCCCGCUUUGUCUCUUUUAACAAGCAUUUCUAUUACUUGAACAUUGGUAAAGGCAGUUCCAUGUAUUACAUUCAUAACUUCAGGUGUCACUAAAGACAGACCGUGUCAAAAAUUGUUUUGUUGGUCCAGGAAUUAGUGGCCAGCGGAAAACAAGUGAACAGAAUAACUCCACAAGAAUGGGAAAAGUGAAGCCUAAUUAACAGUCAGGGAAGAUUUUCUGUUUAGUCCGAUUAUAUGUGUUAGGUUUAAUCAAUGCUUACUCUGUCUAAAGAAAAUAUCUUCCUUCCCAAAGGUAAAAUAAUACACUAUACAAAGAGUUACAGGUUUUCCCGUUCACUUUUUGUACAACAGAAAUUUGACUGCUGUCUAUAUUGAACGAGAGUGGACAGCUUAGCUAGUUGAGCGUAUGCUAACAGAACAGAACAUUUGGAGAGCUGUUAAAUUGCCUUAAAGCUGUAUUUAGAACCUAUUCCUUCCAUUACAAGGUAAAAAGUAUGUCUCUCUCCCCCAGGACACCAUUUUAAAAACCUUUAGAAGAUCCAAGAUUGUACAUUGAUUAGAAUUUAUUGAGGCUGUUUUUAUCAUCAAAAAAGUCACUUUUCAUAUUUCUUUUGCAAGAUAUUAUUAGACUUCAAUUGAGUUAUUUCCAACUGGAUUAUCCAGCUGAACUGCUGACACUGUUUUGUACUUUCUUUCAGCCUCAAAUUUAACAGAAAAUUUAAGAUUAAUCUUCCUAUCACAAAACGCUGAAGGGCCACCAGAUAGACUAUAGUCAGCAGCUUUUUGCACUUGUAUAUCUAUCAAUCUCCUGCUCCUGUGACAGUUACUUAGUAUCUGUCAUGUAUGCAUAUAAUACACUAUACACCAGAAUCAAUCAAGUCCAGCAUUGCAAUCGUUCAUCCAAGCAGGUAGUAUAAGUCAGGGUAAGAUAUUAGGUGGGUACAGCAGCUUCACAAAGCUGCUUCUGUUUAAGCUACUUCUGCCUAAGGCUUACCUAGCACAUUCUAAAUUCACUAUUGCAGCUAAAUUACUAGGAGUGAAUUAAAAUUAAUUACUAAAUUACUACAAGCUAUAUUAUUACAAGUGAACUGUUUUAAUUUCAUCAUAAGCAUAACAUUAAAAAAAUCCUAAAUUUAUAUAUUUUAAUUUUAAAGCCUAGACUAGGAUACUAAGAACAGCAGACACCUAUUUUCAGCUUUCAGAAAACGUACACCUUCACAUUGACUACACUGUAGGAGUUUAAACUCAGAAGAAGAACAGAAAAGUCGUUUAGAAACCAGGCUAGGCCUAAUGUAACAAGACCAGACAUAAUGUAACAGGAAUUUAACACUUGCAAAGCAGAGUUAAGGAGUGUUUUUGCCGACUUUUUGGUAUCAAAACCUUAAUUUUCCCUUAAACUCAGACAUCUUAAAGUACACCCUGUUCAGAUGUAACAGCUGGCUAAAGGGAUUGAAGUUUCUCUGAAGUUUAGCGUAGAGGAAGUACCUUACAUAUGACCAAAAUUAUGGCAAGCUAGCAGUUAGGAAUUCUAAUUGUUGGAUCAAUUAAAAAACAAAAUAAAACAACUUUAUGACACAAAGAUUAUCUUCUCCACAUAACAGCAGAGGAAAACAUUAAUUGGAAGACUGUAUUUCCUUAGAAAUUGUCUUUUUAAGGCAGCUGACCAACACAAUCUGUGUGUUUCCAAAAGCCAGUCUCUUCAGUAACUGCGAAGUAACAGCCUAUUACACUGCACUGUGCUGUAGAACACGCAAUGAUCAACACCUGGGUUUUCAGCAAUAAAUUCUAUGAGCAAUAUAGACUCAUAAGAAGAUGCGAGGGAGUAGUUUUGGCUGUCUAAACUACUGUAUGUGAAAACAAGAGUGUGAAAGAUGGUCCUUUGAACACGGCAUGCAAACUUGUCUUGGCAGUUUGAAGGUACUUCUAAAAAGCGAGUUAAGAGCUGGAUUUUCAGAGACAUUAAAGCUGCAGACAGAUGCCAACCAGUGUCUUCAAAAGCAUCUAGUUACUAUUGAAAAGAAAAAAGCACAAAACUUGUAUGGAACCAGUUUUGCACUAAAGGGAAAUAGUUAGCAGGAGAAAUAAAUACAUUAAUGGGAAAGGCAGAGCAUCUUGAUGAUUCCGUAUUUUUCAUGUUCAUUCCCUAUUUCAAUGCGAUAUGUAAGUAAGCAUUUUUCCCCUUUAUAAGUGGUAUUAAAAUAGAUUAUUCUUAGUGUGAAAAGUGGUUUGAUACUUGACAAAAUAAAACGCUAUAUACAUUUUCUUAAGAGAGUGAUAAUAUUGAUGACAAGAAUAACUUUGCUAAUACAGUUUGUGGUGUGACAUAAGGGAUUUGCAAGCUGGAGUUAAGUGUUGGAAUGGCGCUACGUGCGGAAACCCUUUCAAAACCCGGGGAAGCCAACAGCUGCGAUCAGACAGGGUCCUGCCUGGCUGAUGUACAGCAGACACGUACCGAGCAGAAGGUGAAUUGAACUGUUUGUUUUUAAAGAUUUCUAUUUUGUAAGUCUGUAAGGAGAAAUGCUAAGGGUUUUGACAGAUCUGCUCAGUGCUGCCAACCCAGCUUUUCCCUCUUUUGUGCCUCACUCAGCGGUAUCUGACAGAUAGAAGCCCCACAACUCCACAGAGCAGAUAGUGGCCAGGUGAGCCUGGCUCGCACACCUGUUGUGGAGGAAACAAAAAAUCUCUAAUUCAUAUUGAAUUCAUUCACUGCAUUCCAAAAUUAUUUGAGGGAUUUGGAUGAUAACAGUGUUAAAAUUAUUCUGCAUUUUCUAAGACAGAUCUGUUGCUGUUUUUCAAGGUUUCUUUAGAAAUGCAGGCUGUACAUUUCUAAUCAUCAGUAACUACUUUGCUUUUAAACUGUCUUAUCACAAUACUGUCUAGAUCGUUUGGAAUAUGAGGAGACAAGGGAGCAAGCUUGCAUACUACAGUAAUUUUUAUACUUUACCUUCAUCUAUUUAUGAAUUUAUUAUGAAAAAUAUUUUUAAACGUAUGAAACCUGCAUUUUGUUGUGAAUUUUCGCAAAGUAGUGGAUACAUUGUACUGUGUAUCAUUUAAAAGGUUUAAUUAAAGCAAACAUUUGGCAAUUAA